ACCAAGUACACCCACCGACGGACAGGGAACAAACGAUGAACAGGGCUGGUCUCUUGAGGAAUACAACUGGCAAGACGUUUAGACCACGGUGGAGCAAGGUGUGUGUGAUAAGGAGGCCGGCGAGUGGUUCGACGAUGGUUGAGGAUGGCAUACAUCCGGCUGCUCCUCCGCCGCUGUGGACGAAGGUGGCAUUCAAGCCGCGCUGGGGUGUCGCGAUGGCGAUUCUCGCUGCUGGAGGCGCAAUCUGCGGGUACUCUCUUCUCUCCUCGCCCUCGACACCAUCAUCACUCGGUCCAGGUAUGGAUGAUUCGGCAUUUAUCAAGGCUUCUGAACGUGCGUUGGGGAGGUUGUCGACGCAUGAUCUUCUUGCGUCGCUAUUUGUGUAUGAAUGCUGUUCGAGACCGUGGGUGGUGAAUACGGGGAUUGCGUUCAUCAAGUUUUGCGAUAACUGGCACCUGUCGUUUCUUUAUGCGCCGUUUGCGCGUGUUACGUUUUUUCAUCACUUUUGUGGUGGAAAGACGGUGGGGGAUGUUGUCAACACAGUCAACAGACUAAAGGCGGAUGGGAUUCGUUCGUUGUUGGCGUAUUCGAAGGAACAUCACGGUGAGGAAGGGGGGUUGACGGAGGAUGAUCACCAAGCGGCGAUAAAUGCUACUAUGGAAGCCAUUGAGAUCGCGAGGGAAGUACCAGGGACUAUGGUCGCCGUCAAACUCUCGGCAAUGGUCUCCGAUUCCCAACUACGACGUUACAACAACACCCUCAAAACCGCUGCACGACUCACCGAAGACGCCAAACGAGACCUCAACUACCACCAACUAUCACAGAUGACAGCGGCGGCAAAGGAAGCGGGCGUACCAGUCGUGUUUGACGCUGAACAGACAUACUACCGUCACGCAAUCGACGCGAUCAUCAUCUCCCUCGCACGAGAAUACAACACCGGCACGGGCCCACAUACAGUGUACAACACCUACCAACUCUACCUCCAAGCAACUCCCUCAAUCCUCCGCGAACACGUCGAAACAUCCCUCCGCGAAGGCUGGGGAUUGGGUGCAAAACUGGUGCGAGGAGCGUAUAUGAGCAUAGAACCCGAAGGCGCGGUAUGGCCGACAAAGGCUACGACGGAUCAGGCGUAUGAUACGGCGGUGGGGGAGUUGAUUGAGAGAGGACCGGGGAGUAUGUCCGUCAUCCUCGCAACACACAACCACAUCUCCAUUCUCAACGCCGUCCAGCUCCUCUCCUAUUCGCCCUCCUCUUCUCGCAACCGGCCAACCUUCGCAAUCGCCCAACUCUACGGCAUGUCCGACGACAUAACUUACGCCCUACCACCGAAAGGUUUCGUCGUCUACAAGUGGAUUCCGUUCGCGAAGGUGGAGGAGGCGAUGCCGUAUCUUGUUAGACGGGCGGAGGAAAACGGGGGGAUGAUGGGGGGUCCGGCGGGGGAGGUUGAGAGGAGGAGGAGGUGGGCGGAGGUUGGAAGGAGGGUUGGGCUGUCCACCUGAUAAGGAGGAAGGGUUGAUGGACUGGGCGACUUGGAACGGGAUGAGACGGGGAACAGAACAUUCAUAGAAGGCGUGCGCUUUUGGUUACAUGGCAUGGGAUAACACAGAAUAGCCUUUAAUUAAUUCCAUUUUAUU